AUGGCAUUCACGGGUACUGUGGACACUGACUCAGUUAGUUCUUCUGCAAAUAAAGAUGCUGUUGAGGUCAAAGACACUGUUAUUACCCACGUAGAGGCUGAGAGUGAAAAGUCACAGUCCUCUUUGGAAAAGGUUGGAGAAUACAAGAUUAUUAGAGCUAGAGAUGCUGAUAUUACAUUUGCGUUUAUGGAAGAACAUGAUUCUUUAGUUCCAGAAAUCACUCCUGUCCAAGAGAAAAAGUUGCGGCGUAAAGUGGCAUGGAUUAUUAUAUCCUUGACUGCUUCAAUUGAUUUCUUAUUGUACUCUGACAAGGCUACGCUAUCUUACGCCUCCAUCUUUGAACUAUGGGAUGACGUGCAUCUAACACAAAAUAGAUACAACAAUUCCAAUACCCUGUUUUACGUUGGUUACAUUAUCGGUCUAAUGAACCUGAUCUGGGUCCAAAAGUUUGCCAUUCGUAAAGUCAUGGUUUUAAUGUGUGUUUCCUGGACGGUUAUUAUUUUUUUGCACUGCACCGCUUACAAUUACCAAGGUAUAUACGCUUUGCGGUUCUUUUUGGGGUUUGUUGAAUCCAUCGCUGUUCCAACUUUGAAUAUUACCAUGACCCAGUUUUUAACACCGGAGGAGAAGAAUGCAUAUGCCCCGAUUUUCUACACAAGUUGUAUUGGUUGUGGAGUUUUCGUCUCGUUGAUUGCUUAUGGUAUUCUCCAUGCCCAUACUGUGGUUCAUAUUUGGAAACUAUUCAUUAUUAUUAUUGGAGGUAUGACAUUUUUAAUGACAAUUGUCGUUUUUUUGGUAUAUCCCAGCAACCCAACGGAUGCCAAGUUUCUUUCCGCCGAGGAAAAAGUUUGGGUUAUCAGAAGAGUGCAAAGAACGUCCCAUUCUUCGAUCGAACAAAAGACCAUAAAAAAAUAUCAAGUUAUUGAAACUUUUAAAGACCCAGUUACAUGGUUGUUCUGUGCUUUUUUCUUAUGUCAGCAGUUGGCAAAUAAUCUAACGUACAUGCAAAAUAUCCUUUUCAAAAACAUUGGUCAUACGUCCAACUUAGACACGACUAUAGUCUCCAUUGUCUCUGGCGGUUUUGCAUCUGUCCUUGCAGCAGUUGCGACAAUUUUCUUAUUAUACAAGAAGAAUUUCACUGCCUUUUCUGUUGUAUUUUGGACGAUUCCGUCGUUGGCAGCAUCCAUUGCCAUGGUAGCUAUCACAUGGGGAAAGAAUAUUGCGUUGAUUGCUAUGCUCUGUUUAGCUUCCCCACUAUUUGGUGUACCUUGGAUUUUGAUGUUCAGUUGGAACGUCACCAGUUGUGCAGGAUAUACUAAGAGAGUGACAAGGACUGGACUGGUCAUGUUUUGGUAUUGUAUCUCAAACAUUAUUUCUCCUCAACUGUGGCAAGAUCGUGACGCUCCAAGAUUUAUCCCUGCCUGGAUUGUUCAGAUUGUGUUGUCCUUCUUUUUUGCCCCGUCAUUGGCUCUCGUAAUCUGGUUCAUUCUGCGUCGUAGAAAUAAAAUCAGGUUGGAAAAACUGUCUCAAUCAACAGAAAAAGACGGUAUUGUCCAGUAUGAAGGUGAAAAUAUAAGCGCCAGUGGCGCACAAUUGGAUUUAACUGAUUUGGAGAAUGAAUUCUUCAUAUAUCCGUUGUAA